UCUCUAUCCACGGAUCUGGGGCUGGGACUCGCUUUCUCUCGCUCUCGCUCUAGAUCUGGGCCUAGGGUUCCACGCCGCCGCCGGUCGCUCCUCCUCGUCGCGGCUAGCUCCGGCCACAUGGACGGGGGGUAGAAGCCCAUCUUCCUCCGCUCCUCCCGUCCUCCGGCCACCACGACUUGCCACGCGCCACGGCAGCGCGGCCAGCGGCUCCAUGACGCAGGCAGCAGUAGUCUAGUGGCAAUUGCUGUUCAAAAGAGCAUGAAACUGUUCUUAAUUUAUGUCUGGAUUUUUCGCCACUGUUCUCACAGGAUUGCUUCUCAUCAUGUAUUCUCAGCAGGAAGCAGCCGGCGGCGGCGAGUGGCGAAGUGGGUGGAACAUGGAACUAUGGUUCAACCGUUUUGUCCGCAUUGUUGCUCUGCUGGAAAGGGCGGGCAACUUCUUUGGUGCGCUGGAUUUCAUCUUGGCAACCACGAUGGUAGUCGGAGGAUUUUCAGACUACCUGGACCGGGAUUUCUGGUACACCACAACCAUUGUCUUUUUCGAAGGAUGCAGGAUAUUCAGUCGACAAACAAGAACAGACGAUCACAUUAUGUUCAAGGCAAUAGGCAGUAUUCAGUUUAAACGUGUAAAUCUUGGGAAUAACAGUGGUUCCUUGUAUUUUGCAAAUGCCGUGAUGAUGCUAGUAUCUCUAUAUCUAUUGGCUUAUGCUCCCAUUGCUAUGAUGCUUUUCUCCUCUACUGCAUGGAGAAUGUCUUAUGCACUGACUGUGAUAUUGGUAUCUCUGCUGAUGGUUUAUAACGGCUGGUUUUAUAAGCUGGUUGGUCAUGCAAGCAAAAGAGAGAGUAUGAUACUAUUUCAAUUCUCUGCCCCGGCCGCUCUUCUGUUGAGUAAGGUGUUACUCCAUAUUUCAGUAGGACAUUGGUACUUUGAUCAUACGGACUACACGGCCAUUGCUUUCUGGUUUAUCUUGUACCUUGUUGCGAGGUUUGGGUCACCGGUUAACUGUCUACUUAAUAAAGCGGGAGCAAAGGGACUUCAUUCCCUGCUGCUAAUGGCAGUAAUAUGCGAAGCGAUGGAUGAAGAUAUACGUACAAUCUUGUUUGUGCUGGGUGGGAUUUUUGUGGUAGGUUCCAUACAAACUCAACUUGCUUCAAUACAGAUCAUUGUAUCAUAUUGUUAUCUUGUCAGUGGUAUUGAAGUGAAUGGUAGUGCCAACAAAAAUGUGAAGCCUGCACUGAAGAUGGUGUACGGCCUAGCUUUGACUCAAGGGAUACUGUAUAUGGCAGCAUGUGGUUUAGAAUCUUUUUCAUUUCUGCUCCGUAAAACAAUUGCUCUUACCUAUGGCCUGACAGAUAUUUCUGGGAUGAGCGCACUUGACCUCUACUAUGAGCAUUGCUAUGCAACAUUUCUGCACAAGAGUAUAUUGGACAGCACACAGAAGAGGAGCCUUGUCAGAUUUGCUAUUGAGUCUUUGAAACCAGAAGCCCGACACCACAAGAAACGUGCUGCUGUUCGAAUAUUGAACUCAGUUCUUCAGAAGCAAAAGGCUUCCAGUUCUGAAUCCGACAUCCUUUCCCUAAUCACAACCUCAAACAAUGCAGUGAUGACUUUAAUCAAUAUUUUGGGAUGGCAAUUCCCUCAGUAUGAUGAUCUGAGGCUACGUGCCGCAAAGGUUGUUGUUUGCAUAGCUCCAUAUCUACAUAUAAACGAGUUCCCUGCUCUCUUGCAGCUCGUUUUAUCACUUGUUGAUUCUCAAGUGGUCAGUGGAGGCAUGACGAGCAAUCAGCAAAUAAUCGGUAAUGGUAGACAGAAAAGGAGGACCGCAGACAUUGAGGGAGGGAACAGGCCAGAAGCUCUGGUUUGCAAACUGUGGCAGCACUUCCAAAUAUUGAAGUCAGUUCCACACGCGGAUUCAGAGGAUACAGGCUCUCUGUCAGCACUUGGAUUGAACAUACUAAAUGGUCUUUCGCAGAAUGUUCAGAAUUUUUCGGAGGAGUUCUUGAGAGCAACAGAGGUCCUCAUACGUUGCUUUCCUGGCCCGACAGUAGCGCAGCGAGAAGAGUUCAUAACUUCAUGGUUGAAAUUAAUAGCCAAACUUUCAGGGGUAAAGGGGGAAGUCGGUGUAAAACUGCGUCAAGGGCUUACGGAGGGCAACUUUUUAAUACUUAACUUCGUCGAGGUCUUGGAGCUGGAGGGAAGCUCCAGCUACGUUGAACACACAAAGCUGGUGUUUCAGAUCAUUGCAAAUGUCUCCAUUGCGAUGAAGACAAGGAACAAGAUUGGGUCAGUCCCAAUGGUAAUUAGCAAGUUGUUGAAAGAGUUUAUUGGGGAGGAAUCCCAACCACUAAGGGCAGAGGCAGGUGCUGCCCUCGCCAUGCUGGCAUUAGAAAGCCCUCAGACCUGCUAUGACAUACUCACGAAAGCAGGUAAUAAGAUUGUAGUUGAUCUUACCUUCAAGUUCCAGAAAGGUCAAUAUGUAUACCCAGCUGCAAGGCUAUUAUAUAGCCUCUGCAAACACUCAAUGGAAUCAAUGUCGAGUCAUGAAUGUUUUCUUGAUUACCUGAUGACGACGUUGGCAGCGGUGUUGGGCUGGAUAAAUGAUGCGGAGGGCAAGGAGAUGACGGCCCUAAUUGGCCUAGCUUCAGAAACUUUUAACGCCAUGCCUGCUGAAGGAAUCGCACUUGUUCUUGACUCAUCAGAUGGGGCGUUUGUGAAGAAGAUGGUGCAAGAGCUUUAUGCCUGCAGUAAAGCCAGCCCAGAAGAAUUUGCAGGUAUGGGAAGGGUGUUGGUUGAGCUCACAACAUCUGUAGUGAAGUCGAGCCCACGGUACAGUAUGCACUUCAAGGCAACUGGGACAAUUGAAGUACUUACUAGGUUGGAACAGUGUUUAUGGAUGCUGGUUCCAGAGGAGCAGGGCGCAAUGCGUGUCAGGCUGACCGAAGCAAAGGCCUUGAUUGAGGCUGAUCAACAUGGUGACGAUGAGAUCUUGUCGGAGGGUUAGUAUAGUAUUUGUCCACGGUUGCAAGAACUAGGCAGUCCGACUUGUUUCUUUGCUAUUAUCAGACCAGCAAAAUGUACAUGGUGACGAUGAUGAGAUCUUGUUGGCGGGUUAGUAUAGUAUUCGUCCACGGUUGCAAAAACUUGUUUCUUUGCUAUUAUCAGACCAACAAAAUGUACAUGGUGAUCAUGAUGAGAUCUUGUUCGUGGGUUA